AUGUUAAGUGUCCCAAAUGUUUUGUUCAUCUUACACUGUGUGCGAUUAUCGUAUGGUACCAUUGCCGAAUUGAAUAAUUCGGAUCCCAAAUUCAGUGGUCCCAUCAACAAUGUAACCGUGCCCGUGGGACGCGAUGCUCUGCUCACGUGCAUUGUCCACGACCUGGUGAGCUUUAAGGUUGCCUGGCUGCGUGUGGACACUCAGACGAUAUUGAGCAUUCAGAACCAUGUGAUUACAAAGAAUCAUCGCAUUGGCAUCUCCCACACGGAACAUCGCAUUUGGCAGCUGCGUAUACGCGAUGUGCACGAAUCGGACAGAGGAUGGUACAUGUGCCAAAUAAACACGGAUCCCAUGAAGAGCCAAAUGGGCUACUUGGAUGUUGUAGUGCCACCAGAUAUAGUGGACUACGAGACUAGUCACGAUUUGGUGCGAGCCGCCGGUCAGAACGUGACUCUAACCUGCAGUGCGACAGGUGUGCCGCUGCCCACAAUCACAUGGCGGCGCGAAGAGAAUGCACCGCUGUGGCUUACAGCCGAUGCCGAGCACGAGCGACAGGUGUACAGUGUGGAGGGUCAGAAUCUGACGCUCUGGCAGCUGCAACGAGUCCACAUGGGCGCGUACCUCUGCAUAGCUUCCAAUGGAGUGCCCCCGACGGUGAGCAAACGCAUUAUGCUGGUCGUGAAUUUUGCGCCCACUAUUUGGACCCGCUACGAUACCAUUUAUGUGGGUCUGGGCCAGAAACUAACACUGGAAUGCAUAACGGAGGCGCAGCCUACAUCGGUCAAUUUUUGGCUCAAGGACAAGGAGUUCAUUCAAGGUGGCUCCUACGAGUCUGUGACUGUGGAGCAUGUUUAUCGCAUUGUCAUGCGUCUAACGUUGCGUCCUAUCACCAAACGUGAUUUCGGCGAAUACAAGUGCAUUGCCAAGAAUGUGAUGGGCGAGACAGAGCGCAGCAUAACCCUGCAUCAUAAGGCAAAAAAGCAUGUGCAGCACUCGCAUCAGACAUCGGCGCAAGACAAUCAAUAUAUAGUCAUUGAAGGUACACACUAA